AUGAGCCAGCCAGGUCAAAAGACAGCGCGAGCGCGCUCAUACACCUUCUCGAUCCACCAGUACACACCCAAAGAUGCCCCACAGACGCCGUUGGCCCCGACACCAGCGCCUGAACCCAGUCCAGCCCCCUCAUCCCCUUUGCAAUGGCGCACGCAUUCGACCCCUGAUCUCGGAGGGCUCAGUGCCAGGAAACUUCGAGCAGCCCAAAAAGAAGCUGAGAUACAGGCUGAAUUUGAAGGCAUAAUUACCCGGAUUGCGAACUCAAAAGAGAAUCUUGGCGCCUUUCUUGAGAGGCUCUUUCGAGCAAGUCCUGGUCGAAGCCACACGCAUCAGACGCUCAUCAACGGAUACCUCACAGGCAACACCAGGAACCACAUCACCGAUGUCCUCGACCUCAUUCUCAGCCACCCGGAUGGCCGGCCCAACAAGAAACACCCCGAGUACGAGCAGGCAUUCGACUUCACGCGAAAUGGCGGCCCUCGGUCGUUUCGACUCGCGCAGCCAGCAACCCUUUCAUGGGCGGCACACAUCAUCGGCGAGGAGAUGAACAAAGAAGGGAAAAGACUCACCUCUUUUGACACGAACCCCGACAUGCACUUUCGUGUGACGUCGGGAGCCACUCGAACCGGCGAGAGCUUGCUGGAGGGCACGCGAGCGAGGGAGAGCGCGGGGAGAUGGGAGAGCGCGGGGACCGGGGAAAACGGGCGAGUGUAUACGGCUGUUGACGCUGGCACGGGUCAUGAGUGUACGCAAGAGGGGACGGAGCUGAGGGGAAAUGGGAGAGCCGGGGAGAGCGAAAGAACGAGGGAGAAUGCUCGGGCAGGGGAGAGCAAACAAGUGGAGAUGGUUGUCGACGCCGACCCGGAGCAUGAACUCAUAGGAGAGGGGACCCAUACGAGGAAAACUGAUCGCGUCUGCGAGGGAGUCGACGUGAGGGAGUAUGAGGGAGUUCUGGCAGGCGUUGACGCGAGGCAGAGAGAGCUGGAGGGAGGCCAAGAUGAGCCAUCAGGAGGAGCCACGCAGCAGCGGCGCACGCGUGGACCCGGCAGAGCACCUGUCAUCUCUUGGGCCACGCUGAAGGAGUCCUCUAUCAACACUAUGAAGGCCACGUACCAUAGGAUAUCGCCUUUGACCCUGGGCCUCCUGACCAACUACAUGACAAGUGGUAAAUCGUAUGUCGAGGGCGAUGCACGGCCGGAAGGGCAAGAAGAAAGCCAGGUCUAUAGGAGCAAAGAUACGAUUGGUGUCAGUACCCUCAGCGAAAUGACGUUCGCCAGAAAUCAAGGCACGAACCUAUUUGCCAUCGCAAAGGGUGUCGUCAACUUUGGAACGAGCGCGCAUCAAGCUGUCCACCGGAUUGGGAGCAAGCUGGCGCACUCCAUCUCGUUCUCGUCUAUUCUGGGUGCGCUCCGCGGUUUGGGCUACGAGAAGGCGGCGUUCCUGCGGAGUAGAGGUCAGCCGGGAGUCAGUGAGCAAUACCAAGUUGUGCUCGACAAUGUACAGACAUACGUUCCCGCAUACGACCCGGAUCUGUCCAACGCCAAGGGAAAGAUGCACACAGGCACUGCCGCAACUGCGAUUCGCAUGGAAGACUGCGAGCCCGACGCGUUUGACCUUGCACCAGUGCUCGAGCGCAUGCGAGAAGGGCGGCGAGAAGAAGCUGACAUUGACACCAUAGUCCACGACAUCGACUUUGCGCACAUUUUCCGUGUCUUCCAGUACCACUGUGUGAAGCUUCUGGUUGAUCAUGUCACCAUUCUGCGGACCAAAUACCACGACAAUGUCAAUGAGUUGUUCAGCAAAAACGCGACCAGGCAUCAAAUCAAUCCAAACCGAGUCUCAGAGAUCCAUCCGUUGGCCACCAACAGCGCCGAUGAGGUCUCGACACGUGGAAUGAAAGCUGCCUUAGACGAUUUCUUGGAGCAGAUGGGAAAUACGGCUGCGAACUUCAGAGGGAAAUGGGCACGCUAUACGGGCGACGGCAAGAGCUUCGAAGCGAUGCUCAAAAUCCAAAAGUACCUGUCGGGCACGACAUCAGUACAUCAGUCGAUGGAGUUUAUACUACCCGGUCUUCAGCUCUGGCAUACACGGUGGCACAACCUGAGUUCCAACGUACGAUGCUUCUGGGGAUGGGGCUAUGACAAAUCCGAUCCCUCGUGUCUUGCUUUCCUUGCUCGGUCUCUUGGUCGCGCGCCUCCCGGACCUACCAAACUCAAAACAGUCCACUUCUAUCAGGGGCGCAGCCUGAUGGACACCGCCAUCCAUGCACACGUUCUCCAAGCCUGGGAGGUUGUCCUUGACACAAAAGACCUGUCAGCUCACUUUAGCUCGCUCGGUAACUCAAAUGAGCACCAUCUCCCCACGCUUGACGACCUUCUUGAGCUUUCCCGCAUCCUCGUCCUCCGCUAUGCUACUUAUGAGGCAUAUGAGUGUGCGCGCGAAGGUAACUGGGACCACGUUGACGAUCAAAACCGAGUUCCGCCAGUGAUAGGCGAUUCAAAAGUGCCACCUCAACAGAGAGAAGUGUCCGGCUCGGAGUCAGAAAGCGAGUCAGACAGCUCGGAGGAUAGCUAUGGAGAAGGGGAGGUUAUUGGUGUUCGUAUGCGAGAUGACCUGCAGGAGGCAGAGACACGAGGGGUUACACCUGGACCGUUGAAUGGUGCUGGCGAACUCACAGAUGACAGUUGCAGUAGUGCUGGGGAAGAGGUCCCCGGUGAUGAUGAAGACUUGGAGAACGUGGACACCAUUCAUGUUGCUGAUACAGAUGCAGAGCCGGUCAACAAUGGAGUUGACGCUGUGGAUGAGGCUGUGCCAGCCGUGCCUGAUGUUCGUGGAGAUCAGGCUCUCGCAAACGGAAACCUUAUGAUGUACGCAGGCUUGCUUUGGUUGGAGGUCAGUGCAGCCACCAAAAGCGGCGACAUUGGACGGAUUUAUGAAGUAUUCAAGAUAUGGAUACUAACAUUUUCGGGAGGGGGAAACCCAAACUACGCCAACUAUCUCACUGAAGAAUGGUGCCGCUUCAAGUAUGAGUAUCCGCAAAAAUGUGCAGACACUCUCUUGAACAACGCACUAGUCAGGCUCUCGGAAUCAAGCCCGUUUGUCGAGAUUGAUCUGUUACAAGAAUGGUUUAAUGGGCACCUGGAAGAACUUGCUCAGCACAAGGGCAAGGAGUUUGACGACGAGUAUUACCGUUUUGUCCUGGCAAUGAACGUUUUCGACUUCCUCCGGCUAACAAAAGACAUGGAGGGUGAGGUGGGGCUUGAGCCACGCACAACGCACCAUACAAAACGCUCGCGAGAUGCCCAGUUACGACGUGCUAUGGAUCUCUACCGGGACUAUGACCUUCACAGAUACAAGGCUGAUCGGUACUUUGGAUUCGAAGCGCCGGACUACUUCGCAAAGGGAUAUGCGGCACUCAGUGGUCAAGGCAGAAUUCAGAAAUAUAUUAAACGUUCACUUGUAGGCAAGCGCAACUUAACAACGGUCGCUGGCCCACCAUCACCUUCACUCGAACCCCCUGCAUGGCUGGAGGCCACAGCCGAGUAUGCUGACGAGGUUGUUACCUUAGAGGGAAUCGACGAAGCUGUGGCAUUGAUUCAACUGAUCUAG